AGGUAAAAACACAACCUCCUCGGUUUAGGACAGUUUUUCGUCGUUUGUGACCCUCUUGAAUCUUUUUGUUACGAUAUAUUUCAUGUUGAUGUUCCUACGUUAUUGAGUGAUAGAAGAUCGCUUGAGAUUGGUGUAAUAAUGGCUGCCCUGAUGCCACACACCUGCCAGUACCCGGCCCUGCCCUCCCACAUCCUCACCUGCCUUCAGCAGCAGAGACAGACAGGCUCCAUGUGUGAUGUCAACAUCAAGGUUGGUGGCCGUAGUUUCCCUGCCCAUCGGUGUGUCCUGUGCGCCUGUUCUGGGUACUUUAAGGCCCUGUUCACAGAGAGGGAGGUUCAGAGUGUGGAGUUACGCCUGGUAACAGAGAAGGGCCUGUCUGUCCUGCUGGACUACAUGUACACAGCACAGCUGCAGCUGACAGCAGGGGACGCACAGGAGGUCAUGCUGGCAGCUGUGUACCUGCAGGUGACCGACAUCAUGGAGGACUGUACAGCCUACCUGGGUCACACCUUCCAGCAGAGCCAGCUGGCAGGUCAUAGGUCAACAGUUACUAUGGCAACCAUGUCACAGCAUGGACGGCAAGACAACAGUCAUGGAGAAAACAGUGCUUCAGAAGAAAGAGCAGGAUCUGAAAGAAGAAUUCAUGUUGAGCAAUCUGGGGAGCGGAGUGGACCCAGGCAGGUACGAGACACAUGCGGGGAUGCUGUCCAUCAAAUGGAUGCUGGUCAGAGUGGAAGCGGAUUGGAUAGAGUACAUGAUGGGGUUUCCAAUUCAGCCAAUCACAUAGCUGGAGGCCAGGCCAACGUUGGAAACAGGCUGAAAGGAUUGCAUGAUGGGAAAGCAAAUUCAACCAAUCACAGACCUGUAGUCCAAUCUGAGGUAGGAGACAGACAGGACAGAGUGCAUGAUGGGAGAGCCAGCUUGACCAAUCACAGACCUGCUCUCAAGGAUGAGGUAGGAGACAGAGAGGAAAGAGUGCAUGAUGUCAGAGCCAGCUCGACCAAUCUCACAUCUGGAAGUCAGUCUACUAUAGGAUACAGUCAAGAAGAAGAGUAUGCUGUAGUAGACAAAACUGGCUGUUUACAAACUAGCCAGGACAACAACAUGGAUGUGUCAGGUCCAUCUCCUGUCACUGUUAAACAAGAACCUGCAGAAAAUGAUGAAAAUCCUUCUUCAGAAACCCAAGACAGUUCUGCAGCUAUGGAUGAGCAUCGUUCAUACUCAGAGUUUCCAGACUGUACGUUUGGUUCUGAAUCCUUCUCCCCAGCCGUGACUGCAGAAUCAAGUAGUCACCAUUCUGUUGAGAGGAUAGGCACAAUCGCAAACAAUUUGCUUCAACAACAACAAGAGCUUUAUAAAGAUAGUGCAAGUAUUCAGCACCAGGACAGAGCUGUUGUUCAACCUGGAAGCCAAGAGAUUCAAACGUCUCUUCCAGCAUUCACCCCGGGUGCUUAUGGACCUUUGAACUCUUUGCAAGGUCUCUUCCCAAUGCCCUCUGACCCCUUAGUACCAGUUGACAUUUGGCCUGUGACCUCUGACACAAGGUCAGGUAGUAUGGACACCAGUUUUUACAGCAGGCCCCAGAACAAGCAUGCCUGUUUGAAAUGCGGGGCGGCGUUCAAGUAUGCUAGUUCCCUCCGUGCUCACAAGCUUUACAAGCAUUCGAACGCCCGUCCUUUCAUCUGUUCAACAUGUGGGUACAGCUUCAAGGACAAAAGCAUGCUGAAACGGCAUUCUAGAGUCCACAGAAAGCGGCCCGGCACUUGGGACUCCUCACCAUCUCAAGUAGUGUUCAGCUGUACCGAGUGCUGCGCCGUGUUUAAGUACGACAGCUCGCUGCGCGCCCACAGACUGUACAAGCACAGCAACGCGCGCCCGUUCGUGUGUCAGGACUGUGGGUACGCCUUCAAAGCCAAGGGGAUGUUACUGCGGCACAGACGGUCACAGCAUGCCGAACCUGAUGGACAAUAA